AUGGCCAAGAAGCGAGUGCUUGUUGGAUAUGGAGUAGAUAUCGACGCUGUAGCCGGCUGGCUAGGUAGUUAUGGCGGCGAGGACUCCUCAAGUGACAUAAGUCGAGGCAUGUUCGCUGGCACCAUCGGCGUACGCCGGCUCCUCAAGCUCUUCGAAAAGAACAACAUGAAAGCAACCUGGUUCAUCCCUGGCCAUUCCCUGGAGACCUUCCCCGACGAAUGUGCCUUGAUCCGCGACUCUGGCCACGAAAUCGGACUCCACGGUUACUCCCACGAGAACCCAGCCGACAUGACAUUGGAGCAGCAGCGCGAUGUCCUCGAUAAGACGUACCGCAUGCUCACGGACUUCUGCGGCAAGCCACCGAGAGGAAGCGUUGCGCCGUGGUGGGAAACAAGUAAAGAGGGUGCGGAGCUGCUGCUGAGUUAUGGAAUUGAGUAUGAUCACAGUAUGAGUCAUGAUGAUGCGCAGAUGUAUUGGUUGAGAAUCGGGGAUUCGUGGACGAAAAUCGAUUAUGGGAAGAAGGCGGAGGAGUGGAUGAAGCCUCUUAUGAAGGGGAAGCCGACUGGACUUGUUGAGAUCCCCGCUUCUUGGUAUAUCGAUGAUCUCCCUCCCAUGAUGUUCAUCAAAACGGCACCCAAUAGCCACGGGUGGGUCGACCCGAAGGUUGUUGAGCAGUUGUGGAUGGACCAUUUUGACUACUUUUAUGAGAAUUACGAGGAGUUUUGUUUUCCGAUGACGAUUCAUCCUGAUGUUUCUGGGAGACCGCAUGUGCUGAAGAUGCAUCAGAGAAUCAUUGAUCAUAUAAACAAGCAUGAAGGCGUUGAGUGGGUGACUUUCGAGCAGAUGUCCGACGACUUCAAGAGCAAGAAUAAACCCGAGGAAGGGGCAGUGCUGCCAGCUGAAAGGGGUGCGAUGUUGAAGAAGUGA